GGCUGCUGUUGUAGUUUAAAGGGAACAGCAGGGAGGCUGAGAGACCAAGGGCACUUACUGUGUGUAUGGGGGAGAGACAACACAAUAUUCUCAGGGACGCAUGUAUAGAAAUUGUAUUUAUCUCUGCACAACCAUAAAUCAAGGGAUUGAAGAGAAGAGCCGACUUGGAAGAACUGGCAGAGCUGCAAAGAGGAACGAGCUAAAUAGUCCUUCUCAGAGAUUUUGCUGAACCCCAAUAACAUGGCUGACGUACUGACUUUACCGACACUGUCCCCCGGGAAUGAAACGUUCUGCCCAAAUGGAACCAAGUGGAUUUUAAGUGCGUUUGGCGAAUGCGCUGUGAAUGGGCGGGAUCACGCCAGCGUGUACCUGGGAAUGAUCGGCAUGGGGUUAUUCAUGGUUUGCACUUUGCCUUCUAUGAAGCCUGCAAGACCAAGAAGAUGCACGAGGCCAUGUCCAUGUCGUUCAUCCUACUCUGGCUGCUCUCCGACACCAUAAACCUCACUGGGACUUACCUUGCCAACCAGCUCCCCCUGCAGAAAUACUUUGGCAUCUACUUUGUUGUGACAGACUUUCUGAUGCUUCUAGUCUAUCUCUACUUCAAGUUCCAGGACAUUAAACGCAAACCUUACACCACUUUACCCGCUGUUUGUGGAUUUGCCCUUCUGGGCUCUGUGGCCACUUUCUCCCUCCUUCAGGAGUCAGAACCAACUGUGCUGAACCCCACGGAUGUGAUACCUGCGAGGCGCCUGCUCUCUGCUGAUGGAGAUGAGGAGAAUUCUGUCCGGAUGGCGAUUGGUUUUGCCUGUGGAAUAAUCGCGUAUUCAAUCCUUGUCAUCUUCCGGAUUCCCCAGCUUGUGAGCAACUUUAAGAGGAAAUCAGUGGAAGGUUUGGCCCUGGGAAUGUUCCUGCUCAUAAUGUUGGGAAACAUCUUCUACGGACUGAGUAUUGUUAUCAACAGCCCCCAUGAAGGAGAGACGGAGGCCAGUGAAGCUCUCAAUCAUCUGCCCUGGAUUCUUGGCUCUAUCAUGUCAUUUUUUCUUGAUGUGAUUUGUAUGUAUCAGUUUGUCACUUAUAGACCGAGGGAGGAUUCUGAAGAGAAGGCGCCGCUGCUGGAGUCCAACGGUUCAAUCCGUGUCUGACAGAGGGAACUGAGUUGAGCAGAAAGGGGUCGGAGCUAAGACUUUAUACAGACUGUCUGGGGACAUAUUCUCUUCUAUGGACUCUAUGGGCUCAGCUGUGAGUGCGGCAGGACCCAAAGCCUAGAGCUCCCUCUGUUGGCAGAAGAGACAUUUUUAUAUCAACCCUGAACCCCAAGUGGGUUUUUUCUCCCUUUGUUUUUAAAGUUUGACAGAUUUAUACAUUAAGAUUUGAAUGGAGGACUGACAAAAAUGGACCCCCCCAAAGAUCACACAUCCACCCGAACUGCUCAGGCAUCUCUCAGGCAGAAUCCCUGAACAGACACAAUGAUCAUCUUUUAAUCCUUUUUUAUGCCAGUCCCUUGGUUCUGUGGAUGCACCUGAUGUAUUUGGUUUUUAUAAAGUUACUUUGUUACAAACUCUA